AUGAAGAGGGAUUCGGCAGUUCCCAUACCCAUCCGCAUCCUCUCGCACAACAUCCGCUAUGCAACGACUAAACCUGGUCCUGGUGAGGAGCCCUGGAGCCAGCGGAAACCUCUCCUCCUAAAUGAAUUGCGGUACCAUACACGACAUAACCCGGAAUCAUUCAUUUGUUUGCAAGAGGUACUUCACGAGCAGCUUGUUGAUAUACUGGACGGCCUUAACAGGUCUACACCCGUAUCUACAUCUACCCCUACGACCCAAGAAUGGACUUCGAUAGGCGUCGGCCGCACCGACGGCCGCCAAUCCGGUGAAUACUCCCCGAUCCUCUUCCGGCCCUCCGUCUGGAACCUCACCUCAUUCGAAACCAUCUGGCUCAGCGAGACGCCCAAUAAGGCCGGCAGUGUAGGCUGGGACGCCGCGCUGCCCCGUAUCGUUACUGUCGGUGCGUUCGAGCAUAGAAGGACAGGGCGGACGGUGAGGGGUUGCUGCACGCAUUUUGAUCAUCAAGGGGUAAUUGCUAGGCGGGAGAGCGCGGCGUUGAUUGUUGGGAAGGUAAAGGAGUGGGAGCGGGAUGGGGAGCCAGUACCGGUGUUUCUGGCCGGGGACUUGAAUUCUACGCCUGAGCAGGACCCAUACCGGGUGUUGAAUGAGGGAGAAAGCCCGGUGAGGGACGUGAGGGCUCACUUUGCUGAUCCGAGGGCAGAUUACACUCUUUCUAACCCGGAUACCCUUACCAAGUACAAGGUAGCGGCGGGAAUAUCCGAGAAAGUCCUUAAGGAAGUAUCAGGAUGGUGUACUGAAGGCGCCAACAUCGUCGAGCUCUGCGAGCGCGGCGACAAGCUUCUCGAGGAAGAAAUCUCAAAGGUCUACAAGGGCAAGAAAGUAGCCAAGGGCAUCGGCCACUGCACGACCGUCUCCCCGAGCUCCUACAUUACCCCAUAUACUCCACUGAAGUCGGACGCAGAGGAGGCGGCUACGACGCUGAAGAAGGGUGAAGCGGUCAAGAUCCAACUGGGCGCUCAGAUUGAUGGCUUCCCUGCUAUCGUUUGCGAUACCAUUCUGGUGGGAGAGUCUGGCGAAGUCAGCGGGCGCGAGGCGGAUCUUAUGCUGGCCACAUACUAUGCCAAUGAGCUACUCCUGAGACUCAUGCUUCCCCCCGGACUCCUGGCUUCUGGAGAUGACGAGGAACAGAAGAAAGCCCGGGCGCGGAAGCCCUAUACCCAGUCGCAAAUCACUCAGAUGCUGGAGAAGGUGGUUCACGCGUACGAUUGCAAUCUGGUUGAGAGCACCACCAUUUGGCAGUUUGAGCACAACGAGAUUGAGGCCAAGAAAAAGAUUAUUCUUGCACCAGGCGAGGGUGUCAAGGGCGAGGGUCUUCCCGAGGUGGGCGAGGCGUGGGGUGUUGAGAUGGGCGUCAGUCUGGGGAGCGGAAAGGUCAAGACUCUUAGCAACAGGGCGACGCUGCACCGCCGCACUGCUGCGACGUACGGCCUGAAGCGACCAACUUCAAGGGCUCUCCUCUCGGAGGUUGUCAAGAAGUUCGGAACUUUCCCUUUCAGUUUGAGACAGCUUGAUGAUGAGAAGGCCGCAAAGGUUGGUGUCGUUGAGUGUGUCCGCGGCGGCGUGCUCCGACAGUAUGAGGUCGUUGGAGACAAGAACAAUGACCCUGUUGCCAGACUCUUCACCACCAUUGCGAUAACCAAAAACGGCAUCACGCGCAUCGCUGCUCCUCCUGCACUGGAUGUCUCAAAGUACAAGACGGAUAAGAAGAUUGAGGACGAGGAAAUCCUCAAACUCCUUGAGCAGCCCAUCGGGAAAACGUCAACCAAGAAUAAGAACCGCAAGAAGAAGAAGAAGCCCGCUAAGAAGGCUGCUGCUGGUGGUGGUGAGGAGGAGGAGGAGAGCAGCGGCGACGAGGAAGUUUCCCUCAACCCUCCACUUUCCGACCAUCUUUUCGAAAAGUCUUCUUUCUUGCAGACUUACAAUCGUCAAGAAUUUCCAACAUCGACCGCACUCAUCGUUGCGGUACUUUUGCUGUGCUUUUGGUCCCCUGGAGUCGCCAUGCCGGCUCUCCGCAAGAGCGCGCGCAAGAGCCGGACUAGCACCCCGUACGCAACUCCCACCGACCUCGACUCUCCACCCUCCGACACGCGAAAGGACAAGCAGCAAAGCAACCUUGACGGUUGGAUAGAGCCACCACCCAAAAAGCCCGUUCCCUCAUUCGAAGAUCACGGCUUCGCACGACACGGCGUGCUCGAGACCAUGGCACCUCUGGGAGUGCGCCCAAAUGCGAAGAUGAGGCAACAGGCGCGUGCCUUAACUGAACCCGCCACCCGUAACGGGCCUUCCGGAAGAGCUGGCGUCGAUUCUGGUGUUGAGGAUGCCGUGUCCACCCCAGAGGCGACACCUGCGCGGGAGCUCGAACGCGACGAUGACGGCAAGGAGGAUGAUGAGGAAAACUCCAUGGAGGCUAAGACUCAGGAGGAGGAUGAAGACGAUGAUGAAGAAUGGCGUCCCGCUAAGAGCAAGGCGAAAGCGCAGGUCGCGAAAACUCCGGUCAGGGGCAAGACGCCAAUGCAGAACAAGACACCCAAGCAGAAGACGCCCAUACAGAAUGGUAUUCACAGGACGCCGGCCACGGGCAACAGCAUCAAGAGCCAAGGUCUACCUCCGCUCAUCGACGACGUUGCAGAGAGCGCUGCCAGGCAACGUAUGCUCAUCGUCAUCAACGAUGCCGUCGCACGGGCCCUAGCGGACAACAGGGCAUUUGUCGGGGAAGCCCUGCGAAGGAUGCACGACGAGUCUGAAAGGGACCAAGGCCUUCGCGACGUGUUGAUAGCGGUGAUUUCUCAGUCGGCGACACCGGAGCAGUACCACACUUUCCGCACCUACAUCAAACAGGCGAAGCGGCGCAUCAAACACGAAGCAAAGGCACGAGGAGACAACAAAACCCAUAUUUCACGUCGGCCUCCGAAGCUUCACUCUGCACGCAAUUCCUCACCUGCUUCGUCCACACCCGCCAGGGGAACACGCACUGCCUCACCCACGAAAUCCACCGGAGCCACAGCCUCCUUGGACGACGCUGCUGGAUCUACUGUAUUGCCUUCUGAUCCGAUGGAUAUCGAUGGGGAUGAAUUAUCUUCGGCGCUGCAGACUGUCCCAACUUCACCGGUUUCUGAAGCAGUCGAAUCUCACGCACUUGCCACCGCUCCCACCCUUGCCAAGCACUCACCGUCCCCUAACCCCACACGAAUGUCAUCAAAAUCUCCGACCAAACAGAAGGAGAUCAACGGAUUCUCUGCGGUCGAGCAAGACGCAGAUGCUGGCAUCGCUACCAAUGCGCAGUCUCCCGCGGCAGAGACACCAGAGUCGGUCGUCGCUGCAAUCAGUGAUUCCGAUCUCUCGGACGUCAACGAGGAAAUCGUUCAAAAUGGCCCUCCAGAGCCUCUCCGAACCAAUGCAAGUACUCCUGCUCCAGCGGCUGCAAAGAAACCUCCGGCUAUUGCGCGGGUUGGUAAGAAGUCGCGAGCAAGUUCGGCAAAGCCAAACGGUCGGCAGGAGAAGAAGCAACCCCCGACCCCCGAAGAGCUGGCUGAAGAGGCAGAGAUUCUGAGGCGUAAGGAGCAACUGGCAGAAAAACAGCCCGUUAAACUGUUCGUCAACCCGCCGGUGUCGGAAACGCGCUUUGAAGACGAGAUGCUCGAGACGGAGUCCCUCACCGAGUCUCAGAUUGCUGUCGGCCCACCGAUGGACAGUGGUAAAGGGCGUCGCGCCGGAAAAGCAUCGCAUCCCGCCCUCUCUCUGGCUACGGGAAAGCGGUUGCGGGAAGACACUGCUGGGGGGUCCUCGUCCCGGCCUGGCUCAGCUGCGUCGACGCGGCCCUCUACUCCUGCACUGGGACCUCCGCAAAAGAAGCUUCGGCUGAAUAAUGGCAAUGCUCGUAUCAAACGAUCGCCGGUCAAGAAUCGUAAUGGGCCUAUCGCUGGCAUGUCACAAAGUGGUGGCGGUUCGAGACAGUUCGGGCCUGAUGACAAUGACCCCGAUUCGCCGCAGACUGAGAGCGACGACUUCUGCUCUGCCUGCAAAGGCCCGGGCGAGUUUGUUUGCUGCGACAACUGCACGCGUGUUUUCCACUUCCUCUGUUGCGAUCCUCCUCGCCUCGAUCCUCCGGAGGGCUCAUUCCUGUGUCAUGACUGUGACGCAAAGCAGAAACGUUCGGAAAACCGCGGAGUAGAUGCGCCAACACCCAAGUACUUCGUUUCCCUCUUCAAAAACUUGGAGUCUACCAUCACCCGGACAUUCUCCCUGCCUCUGGACAUCCAGAACUACUUCGAAGGCGUCUAUGCUCGAGAUGACGGGUCCUACGCAGAAGAAGUCAAGAAGAUACCCUUGUCUAAGAAUCCGUAUGGCUACCAGAAGCCAGAUUACAUUCGGACUCAGGAUGCAAAUAACAAGAUGAUCCUUUGUGUUCAGUGCGGCCAGUCGUCCGGGGGCAAGCGACAACUGAUCCAGUGCAACUUUUGCGACGCCUUCUGGCACCUGGACUGCUGUGACCCGCCACUUGCUAACCCACCGCCGAUCAAUCUGGAGUCUACUACUCGGGACGCUUGGAAGUGCCCGCGUCACGUUGAUCACGACCUUCGCAACGGAGUUCUCCGCCAGAGAAGCUUGAGUGCCUUUGACGAUGAGGACCUGGACAUGACAGAUGCUGUACCUCGCGUGCAGGUCACGCGCAAGAUCCGCAAACCCAAGCAAGCACCUGUUGUGGACCCGACUUUUUCGCGCGGAAUGCGCAACGAUGGACUUGUCGAGAUUAUCAAUGAUUCUGAUGAUGAGACUGAUGGCGAAGGCAACUACAUAUUCGGUCCGGAAGAUGCCAAAUCAAAGGUUUACCGCAUCCCUGAAAAGGGCAUAAUUCUCGACUUCCUUGACAAGGUCAAGCGUGAACGCAUCGAACAGAGGCGGGCAGAGCGCAAAGCUGCCAGGGCUGCAGCCCGAGCUGCAGCCCAACGCAAAGCCUCUCACCAGAUGUUCGCCGUUCGCCCGAUCGAGCAGCAGCAAGCAGCACUCCAUCUUGCACAGCUUGCGAAGAAAGAAAGCGACAUUGGCCUCAAUGAGGCGAACGUUGACGCGCUUUGUCUCACUCUCAUGGCCGAAGCCCCUGCUGAUGUUGUGUCCGCGAUUUCGAACGGAGGACCAGGCCCAUUGACAGAGGAGAAGCGCGCUGAGCUACUGAAACUCAAGGAGCUUAUCGAUCGCGCUCUGAAGGGUUGA